AUGGCGGAAACGAACAAUACAACUCGCACGACUCAACAUGACUCCUACCACGAAGACCAGCCAACGAGUCCCCAGCGCACGACGCUGAGACAUGAGGUUGAGAGAGCAAUCACUGGACCAGCGGAAAAGGAAGUCCGGGAAAAACAGACGGAUUCUCCGCGGCACUCAACUUCCUCAGAUGACAGCGACAGCAGCUCGGGACACAGUGGGCGCGUCCUUCAGAGCACGAGGAGCACAAGGUCCCGGUCCCUCACCAGGACGAUAUCUGAAGUCAGAGAUGGAAUCGAGAACAGACGAGACUUGGAAGUCGGCCCUCCUUCAGACUUGGAAAAGACACCAACCACCAGAACUCCACGGGACCCCAACUUGGUCACAUGGGAUGGACCCAACGACCCCGGAAACCCGAAACAAUGGUCUAUGAAGAGGAAGUGGGCAGCAGUCUUCUGCAUUUCCUCGUCCAUGGUCGCCCCCGCCCUGGAGGCCAUCGGCAGUGAACUCAACAUUACCAGCUCCUUCGAGCAGGCUCUUGUUCUCUCCAUUUUCGUCCUCGCCUAUGCCAUCGGCCCCCUGGCUUGGGGCCCCCUUUCAGAGCUCUACGGUCGCGUGAUCGUUCUUCAACUCACGAAUCUCUUCUACAUGUUUUUCAAUCUCGGAUGCGGCCUCGCCCGCACAAAGGGCCAGAUCAUAGCAUUCCGCUUUCUCGCUGGCCUCGGUGGCUCCGCACCUCUCGCUAUUGGUGGAGGCGUUCUUGGAGACCUUUUCGAAGCCGAGCAGCGUGGCAAGGCCAUUUCGCUUUAUAGUCUCAUGCCACUCCUAGGGCCAGCCAUCGGUCCAAUCGCCGGCGGCUUCGUCACGCAAAACACGACAUGGCGCUGGAUCUUUUACAGCACCACCAUCCUCACUGCGGUCAUCCAGUCCAUCGGCGUGUUUGUCCUCCAAGAGACAUUCGCGCCCGUCCUCCUCACUCGAAGAAAGAAACGCCUCAUCAAGGAGACGGGCAACACCGACUUGCACACCGACUUCGAUCACCCAGACCGUACCAUCGCCCGCACCCUCACCAUCGCCUUUACCCGCCCCUUCCGCCUCCUUGGCACUCAGCCGCUGGUUCAGUGCUUAGCGUUAUACAUGAUGUACCUAUACGGCCUCAUGUAUCUUGUCCUCUCAACCUUCCCCGCGCUCUGGACGGGCGAAUACGGCGAAACCGUGGGGAUCAGUGGACUGAACUACAUCUCUCUGGGCCUCGGCUUUUUCAUCGGGGCGCAGACGUGCGCGCCGCUGCAGGACCGUAUAUAUGCCGCUCUCAAGCGCCGGUACGUUCCUGACGGCGGUCCUGGACGCCCCGAGUUUCGGGUGCCGAUGAUGAUCCCCGGCGCCUUACUGGUUCCUACCGGGUUGCUGAUCUACGGCUGGACGGCGCAGUACCACACGCACUGGAUUGGGCCUAACAUUGGCGCGGUUAUCUUCAGCGCUGGGGUAAUUAUCGGGUUCCAGUGCAUUCAGGGGUUCCUAGUCGACACGUACACCAAGUACGCCGCGAGCGCGGUGGCAGCGGCAACGGUGCUGAGAAGCUUGGCCGGGUUCGGGUUCCCUCUGUUCGCGCCGAGCCUGUAUAAUAAACUGGAAUAUGGUUGGGGUAACAGCUUGCUUGCUUUGUUGGGAGUGGUGAUUGGGUGGCCUGGGCCAUUGUUGCUGUGGAAGUUUGGGCCGAGAUUGAGGAAGAAGAGCCAGUAUGCUGCCGGUUAA